UUCCUGAAUAUUAUUAAUGUUAAAUAAAUGUUUAUGUUAAAAUGACUGAAAAGGCGUUGAAUUAUUUCGUUAAUAGAAAAGUAAAAAUAAAAAUAAACACUCAUGCUUCCGGGUACGUCAUCACAACACACUUUACCCGCGAAACCUGAGAUCUUAAACGGACUAACAAACACCGGAGUUUUACCGAGUUUAUACGAGUUUAACCGGGUCUAAGAGGGUUUAAUCGAGUCUGAGAGUGUCGACGCGGGUUUGUGAAGUGUUUCAGAGGGUUCUGAAGUGUUCUAAAGUUGUUUUUUCAGCGCCAUGUUCGGGGAGAAAGCGCUGGAGCUCGUGCGGGAGCUUCACCGAAUGAACGACGGACAACUGCCCGCGUUUAACGAGGAUGGAGUGAGGCAGGUGCUGCAGGAGAUGGAGGCGCUGUUUGAGCAGAACCAGGCCGACGUGAGCGAGGCGAAAGCGGACGGACGCUCCGAGCUCAUCCCGUCCAUCAAACUGAGACACUGCUGCCUCCUCCGGAACCAACGCUGCCUCACUGCAUAUCUAUACGACCGGCUGUUGAGGAUCCGAGCUCUGCGCUGGGAGUACGGCUCAGUGCUGCCCCCUAAUGUCCGCUUCCACAUGUCUGCAGAAGAGGUGCAGUGGUUUUCUCAGUAUAAAAAGUCUUUGGCUUCGUUCAUGAAGAGUCUGGGAAACGGAGAAGGACUCGACAUCACCCAGGACACCAGACCCCCCAAGAGCCUCUACAUCCAGGUGAGGUGUGUGAAGGAUCACGGUGAGCUGGAGAUUGACGAUGGAACAGUGAUUCUGUUGAAGAGGAACAGUCAGCACUUCCUGCCGCGGUGGAAAUGUGAGCAGCUGAUUCGUCAGGGCGUCCUGGAGCACGUCGUCUCCUGAAACUCUACAACGUCUCCACAACUGUUUUUAUAAACACACGACAAAUGUCCCGUCACCACCAGAGUCAAGAUCCUACAGUGAGACACACACAGCAGCUCAGAGUGUGACGCUAACACCAGGCACUGCUCUGUCUCUGUUACACUUUACAAACUAAACAAACCUUCUGAGUUUGAUUUGAACUCAGUCGCCACGUUUACAUGAGAGAUUUAAUUCUGAAUAAAACUGAAUUCCUCUUUAAAAAGUUGAUGUAAACACUUAAUUUGUUAAACUUAAUAUUGAAGUGUUUGUUUUCUUCUGAUUUUAAAUCUGAGUGAAUUUGGUUCCUG